UGUGAUUGUAGUAGUGAAUAGCAAGAAUAUCUCAUUAGCAUGUUGCAUUAUAUUCUGGAAGGGCUUGAUGCCCAAAGUAUCUUGCUUUUCCUUGCGGUGUUUCUGCUGAUAAUCGACAUUGUCAAGAACAAGAAUCCCAAGAACUUUCCUCCCGGACCCUGGGGACUACCCUUCGUGGGGAACGUCUUUAAUAUUGAUACUAAACAUCCGCAUAUUUACAUGGGAAAGCUGGCAGAAAACUACGGUGAUGUUUUUAGCCUGCGCCUGGGAAGAGAGAAAAUUGUGUUUGUGAUGGGCUAUCAACUGGUGAAGGAUGCUCUGGUUAACCAGGGGGAUGCCUUUGCUGACCGACCCUGUGGUCCAUUUGCUGAUGCAGUGUAUGGUGGAUUAGGCUUGUUCUUAAGCAAUGGAUACCGGUGGAAAAAGCAGAGAAGAUUUGCUCUUUCCACUCUGAGAGACUUUGGACUGGGUAGGAAGACUUUGGAGUCAGUCAUUUCCGAUGAGAGUAGAUUUCUUCAAGAGGCUAUAGAGGAAGAGCAAGGUAAACCUUUCAAUCCCCAUCUCCUUCUGAAUUGUGGCAUUUCCAAUAUCAUCUGCUCUCUGGUUUUUGGACACCGGUUUCAUUACAGUAAUAACAGUUUCCAGAGGAUGCUGUAUAUGAUGUCAGUUAUUAUGCAUUUGGAAGGAAGCAUAUGGGCCCAGCUGUAUGAUGCCUUCCCUUCGAUUAUGAAGUGUCUACCUGGACCGCACAAACAGCUUUUUUCAUACCACAGAGAGGUGAAAGCCUUUAUCAGAGAACAGAUUAAGAAGCACAAGGAAGAUUGGGACCCAUCAACACCCAGGGACUACAUUGACAGCUACUUGACACAGAUAGAAAAUAGUGCAAAGGAUGCAGCAGCAGGAUUCCAUGAGGAGAACCUAGUCUUGUGCUCUCUGGACCUCUUUAUAGCUGGGACUGAGACCACCACCACCUCUCUACUCUGGGCUCUCCUCUACAUGAUCAAAUACCCGGACAUACAGAAGAAGGUCCAGGCUGAGAUAGACAGAGUGAUUGGAAAGGAACGGCAGCCCUCCAUGGCAGACAGAGUGUAUCUUCCCUACACUGAUGCUGUGAUCCAUGAAACCCAGCGACAUGGCAACACUGUUCCCCUGAAUGCACCAAGAAUGACCAAUAAGGAUACAACAUUAGGGGGUCACUUUCUUCCAAAGGGCACAACAAUAAUAGCAAACUUGACCUCAGUGCUCUUUGACAAGACUGAGUGGCAGACACCAAACACUUUCAACCCUGGACACUUCCUGGACUCUGAAGGGAAGUUUUUGAGACGGGAAGCAUUCAUACCCUUUUCAGCAGGAGGGAGGAUGUGUCUGGGAGAGCAGCUGGCUAGGAUGGAGCUGUUCCUGUUUUUCACUUUCCUUUUACAGAAGUUCACCUUUACUUCCACUGAUGGCAAACAGCCCAGCAUGGAGUAUAAGCUUGGAGUCGUGCGGAAUCCACUUCCAUUCAGCAUUUGUGCUGUCUCUCGCUGACCAUCCUUUAUUUACCUGCAACAGAAUGUAUACUUUUCCCUAAACUUAUUUCAUUGGCAGUGUCAUGUUACAGUUUUUCCCAACAGCUAAGAAAGCUCAAUUUUCCCCAAACUAUAAACACAAAAUCAGAAACCCACACUGAUCUGUACAAACCUCAUACAUAUCUGACAAAAAUCAAACACUCUACUCAAAAACAUAUCUUUAAUCUAAAUCAAACUUUCCCUUCAAAUGGCACACAAAAGCCAUCAAAUACACAGACACCACUGCAUAUCUCUUACACACUGGUGAGAUCUAUUCAAAACACUACUGUAAAAACCUGUUACUGCAAUGAAUCAGGAACCAUAUGCUUUUUUAGAACAACCUCUAUACAUUUUGAACUUUGCAAUAUCAUGCUACUGUAAUCUACAUAACUUAAGUAAGUGUGCAGGUAAAGUAACACAAUAUUAAAUUUAAAAAAAUUCCUGAAUGUAUAGUACAGUAAACUGAAGUUUGAUAAAAAGGAAAUGUAAAAA